UCAUUAUGUUUGGCACCGUCGACGCGACCACAACGCCACCGCACAACGCAAAUCGCUCACCUAACUGCUCAUCGAAGAUCGGAGUUCGGAUUCGGAUCUAGGCACUUUUUGGAGUUGUUGCUUCAACAACCGCAACCUGAUCGGUUCGCUGUCAAUCGUUCUUUCUGCUCGUCAUUCAUUUGCUGUGCUGUGGUUGUGCUUUGUUGUGCAAUUUCUUGUCGAAAAAUGCUUCCAAUUUGGAUUUGUGUACCGAGCUCUUAACGUUUGUCUUCUGUCUGUGCAUCGCGUGAGUGGCCUGUUGUCUCGAUCAACUUGACCUUUCUGCGCUCUUCGAUCGUAGAUCGUAGCUCGGGAAAUUGCUUAAGUUCUUUUCAAAUUGUGUCUGCCACCGAAUUAAUUCGGAAAAUGCCAUCACCAUAUGUGAUCGCCUUGAUCACGCUCCUCUGUCUCUGUUUGAGUCCGGCCACCAUUGCCCAAGACUCGCAGUUUGCGGAACGCAAUCAUAAGAAACGUCAAAUCUAUCGCGAGCAAGUUCUGCCACAUGCGGGUGGUAAAGUUCCCGAAACCGCCUUCGAAACGGAUCGCCUCUUUCUGAAUCGCCUACAAAAGGAGGGCAUAGCGGUUCCCGACGGAAUUGUGCCCGAGCAGCGUAGUCCGCAGGUCUAUCAAUACUACAACAAACCCACGCGUACCGUCUUCCACAUCGCCCUCAGCUCCGAUGGAAGGUAUACGCCCCGUGAGGGUCGCUAUCAGUACCGAAAUGUGCCCACCGUGGAAACCACGUAUCUGUACCCCCAGGCAGUGGGUCGUCAGCACGUGCUGGUGCCCCCAAAGCACGCCCUACCCGUCUACAGGCAGCUCCAGCUGCACAAUCCCUUGCUGAAUCAGGUGAAAUUGCAGCCCAAAAAAAUGCCCAAUUUUCUUGACCUGGCACCCACCGUAGGCAAGAGCCACUACUCAUCACUGGCAGCCGGUUCGGCCAAGGCACAGUCUUAUCAGAACGUAAAUCUUCUGCAUGGUCACAGUCCAGUGCUGACCGCCUUCAAGAAGACCGCUCGCGGGAGCAAGACCUACGUGGACAGCUAUGGAACAACUCAUCUCUUCAGCGAGUUUGACGAUCUGUUGAACAAAUUGGAUUUGCAUCAGACGGCGCAAAAGAUUUAUUAGGAUUUUAAGACCCACCUAACUUUAGUAGAAUUUCCCCAUUCACAAAAUGCAACAUUCCCCAUUUAUCUAACUGCAUAUCAUUUCAAAACAUUGGCCAUAUAAAAAUGCAUACAUAAUGCCACACUCCGCCCCAUACACCGAUUCCCAGCCCAACCUAUCCAGCCCAGCCACCUCAUACCACCUUAUGCUUAGUGUAUUAUAGUGUGUAAGCCCAAGCAGCAAAAACAAAAAACGAAAUGGAAAUUGAAAUUCAUCGUUUUUCGCUAGUUAAGCGUAAACAAUUUGUUUCUUGCAAAAUAAAGUU